UUUUCUGUUCAUUAUCUCUAACUUUCUGACCAAAGAAGUACUAAUCUUAUGCUCAAGAAUACUUCAUGAUUCAACAACUACAUUACUUUUAGUGGUGGAUUAAUAAGAUUUUGGUAUGGAAGGAGUAUAAUUGUUUAUGGAGAGAGAGAGAGAGAGAGAGAGAGAGAGAGAUGGGGAGUGAGCAUGGGAUUGGGUACCUUCCUUUGUUUGAGACAAGGAGAGGGAAAGGUAGGAUCCUAUACAGGGUAUUUGCAGCAUCAGUGUUUGUGGGUAUUGUUCUGAUAUGGGUGUACAGAGCAAGUCACAUACCAAGAUCAGGAGAAGAUGGGAGAUUGGGUUGGAUUGGGCUGUUGGGAGCUGAGCUGUGGUUCGGUCUCUACUGGGUGGGCACUCAAUCCCUGCGCUGGAACCGGACCUAUCGUUACACCUUCAAAGACAGGCUCUCACAAAGGUACGGAAAUGAUUUGCCCAGAAUCGACAUAUUCGUGUGCACUGCCAAUCCUGAGAUUGAGCCGCCCAUUAUGGUGACCAACACGGUUUUAUCUGUCAUGGCAUAUGAUUACCCGCCGGAGAAGAUCGCUGUGUACCUUUCCGACGAUGGCGGAUCAGAUCUCACCUUCUAUGCUCUCUUGGAGGCUUCUCGCUUUUCUCAACAUUGGUUACCUUUUUGCAAGAAAUUCAACGUGGAGCCCAGGUCCCCGGCGGCUUAUUUUUCCAUAGGUUCUUGGGAUGCUAUUGAGGAUAAAGAAUUUGCUUCAGUGAAGAAAUUGUUUGAAGAAAUGGAGAACCGAAUCACAACUGCAGUCAAACUUGGAAGAAUCCCAGGAAACACAGACUUAAACCACAAAGGAUUUUCUCAAUGGAAUUCAUCUUCAUCCCGACGUGACCAUGACACCAUUCUUCAAUUAAUAAUCGAUGGGAGAGACCCAAAUGCCAAGGAUAUUGAAGGAUGUGCAUUGCCCACUUUAGUAUACUUAGCCAGGGAGAAGAGACCACAAUAUCCCCAUAACUUCAAAGCCGGAGCUAUGAAUGCAUUGAUAAGGGUCUCAUCAGAGAUCAGCAACGGGCAAGUAAUUCUGAAUGUGGACUGUGAUAUGUACUCAAACAACUCAUGUUCAAUGCGUGAUGCGCUUUGCUUCUUCAUGGAUGAAGAGAAGGGGCAUGAGAUUGCCUUUGUGCAGUUUCCGCAGAAUUUUGAAAACCUUACGAAGAAUGAAGUAUACAGUGGUUCACUUAGAGUACAAAGCGAGGUUGAAUUCCAUGGUUUGGACGGUUAUGAAGGCCCUUUGUAUGUUGGAACUGGUUGCUUCCACAGGAGAGAUACUCUAUGUGGGAGAGAGUUCAGCAAGGAAAGUAGGAUUCAAUGGAGGAGCGAGAAUGAUAAACAUACAAAAGAAAGUGCAGAUGAACUUGAAACACGAGUAAAGGGCCUUGCAAGCUGUGCAUAUGAAGAUAACACUCAGUGGGGCAAGGAGAUGGGCUUGAGAUAUGGUUGUCUCGUUGAGGACGUGAUGACGGGGUUAACAAUUCAAUGCCUGGGAUGGAAAUCAGUGUAUUACAAUCCAGCAAGAAAGGGCUUCUUAGGGGUUGCUGCAACAUCACUGGAUCAGGCGCUUUUGCAGUAUAAGAGAUGGUCGGAAGGCGAUCUACAAGUUCUACUAUCUAGGUACAGUCCUGCAUGGUAUGGACUCGGAAGGAUUAGUCCUGGCCUUCUACUGGGAUACUGUAGCUACUGUCUUUGGGCUCCAAACUCCUUGGCAACGGUAUUCUACUCCACGGCCCCUUCCCUUUACCUCCUCAGAGGUAUCUCCUUAUUUCCGCAGGUCUCAAGCCCGUGGUUUCUUCCGUUUGCGUACGUAAUAAUCGCAAAGUACACUUACAGCCUAGCUGAGUUUCUGUGGUCCGGUGGCACAGUCUUGGGAUGGUGGAACGAUCAACGGAUUUGGCUCUACAAGAGAACAACCUCCUACCUCUUUGCCUUUGUGGAUACCAUGUUGGGGUUAGUUGGAUUUUCGGAAACAUCUUUCAUAGUCUCGAACAAAGUGUCCGAUCCAGACGUGUCCCAGAGGUACAAGCAAGAGAUGAUGGAAUUCGGGACCUCUUUUCCCAUGUUUACCAUCUUGGCAACACUUGCAAUGCUGAACCUGAUUUCCUUUGUAUGCGCGGCGAAGAGGGUGGUUGCGGACGUGGGAGUGAUCAGAGGCUUUGAUACUAUGGCUUUGCAGUUUCUUCUGUGUGGUGUUUUGGUUUUGAUCAAUGUGCCUUUGUACUGGGCUCUUUUCUUCAGGAAGGACAAGGGAAAGAUGCCAAGUUCUAUCACAGCUAAAUCAGUCUUGUUAGCUGUGUUUAUUUGUACUUGUUCUAUGUUCAUGUAUUAGAUUGGAUUGGAGCCCAUUUUCCUUGACUCUUUGUUUGUUUCCGGCCCCGAGGUAAGCCCGGCAAGAUCUCAAGCUUGGGCAACCCCCCACCAUGGGGCAACGGAAAUAAAAUGUAAACCCAAUGUAAUCUUGAUUUAAUUUGUUUUUA